GCGUCCUCAGCUCAGACGCUCACAGACACCAGGACUGACGAAGACGAAGACGAGCAGCUUCUUCUCUCCCAGAGUUUCCUCCACACAUGAAGGUGGAAAGUGUCUGUAAGUCGACCUGAAGUGAGUUCAGCAGGGACAAAAAAUGGCGACACCUGAUGAGGAAAUCUUAUCAAUUUUAGAAGAUUUGGGAGAUGAGGACUUUGAAAAAUUCAAGUGGUUCCUGCAGGGGAAGCUAGGAGGCAUCGAAGCAAUCCCAAAGAGUCGACUGGAGAAUGCAAACCGGAUUAAAACCGUGGAUCAGAUGAUUCAGACUUACAGUAUAAAUGCGAUUGACGUGGCCAGAACAGUUAAAGAGAAGAUAAAUCAGAAAUUAUCAAACCCCCCCCUCAAACUUGAAGAGAUUCUUCCUCGGUGCCAGCCAAAACUCAAAUUGAAUUUACAAAAGAAGUUCCAGUGUGUGUUUGAGGGGAUCGCUAAAGCAGGAAACGAGACCCUUCUGAAUGACAUCUACACAGAGAUCUACAUCAUAGAGGGAGGGAAUGCAGAGGUCAAUAAGGAACAUGAGGUCAGGCAGAUUGAAACAGCAUCCAGGAAACCAGACAGACCAGAAACAAGAAUCAGACAAGAAGACAUCUUUAAAGCCUUACCUGGAAGAGCUAAACCAAUCAGAACAGUGCUGACAAUGGGAGUGGCUGGCAUUGGGAAAACAGUCUUAACACAGAAGUUCACUCUGGACUGGGCUGAAGACAAAACCAACCAGGACAUCCACUUCAUAUUUCCAUUCACUUUCAGAGAGCUGAAUGCGCUGAAAGAGAAAACGUUCAGCUUGGUGGAACUUGUUCAUCGCUUCUUUCCUGAAACCAAAGAAGCAGGAAUCUGCAGGUUUGAAGAGUUCCACGUUGUGUUGAUCUUUGACGGUCUGGAUGAGCGUCGACUUCCUCUGGACUUCCACAACACUGAGGUCCUGACUGAUGUCACAGAGUCCACCUCAGUGGAUGUGCUGCUGACAAACCUCAUCAGGGGGAAACUGCUUCCCUCUGCUCGCCUCUGGAUAACCACACGACCUGCAGCAGCCAACCAGAUCAAUACUGACUGUGUUGACAUGGAGACAGAGGUCAGAGGGUUCACUGACCCACAGAAGGAGGAGUACUUCAGGAAGAGAUUCAGAGAUGAGGAGCAGGCCGGCAGAAUCAUCUCCCACAUCAAGACAUCACAAAGCCUCCACAUCAUGUGCCACAUCCCAGUCUUCUGCUGGAUCUCUGCUACAGUUCUGGAGAAGCUGAUGAAAACCAGAGAAGAAAGUGAGCUACCCAAGACCCUGACUGAGAUGUACAUUGAAUUCCUGGUGGUUCAGAUCAAGCUGAAGAACGUCAAGUAUGAUGGUGGAUCUGAGAGAGAUCCACACUGGAGUAAAGAGAGCAGGAAGAUGAUUGAGUCUCUGGGAAAACUGGCUUUUGAUCAGCUGCAGAAAGGAAACCUGAUCUUCUAUAACUCAGACCUGAAAGAGUGUGGCUUCGAUAUCACAGCAGCCUCAAAGUAUUCAGGAGUUUUCACCCAGGUCUUUAGAGAGGAGAGUGUACUGUACCAGGACAGGGUGUUCUGCUUCAUCCAUCUGAGUGUUCAGGAGUUUCUGGCUGCUCUUCAUGUCCAACUGACCUUCAUCAACUCUGCAGUCAAUCUGAUGGCAGAAAAACAAUCAACCUCCCGACUGUCCAAACUCCUCAGAAAGAGACUGAAACCAAGACAUCUCUACCAGAGUGCUGUAGACAAGGCCUUACAGAGUCCAAAUGGACAUCUUGACUUGUUCCUCCGCUUCCUCCUGGGUCUUUCACUGGAGACCAAUCAAAGACUCCUACAAGAUCUGCUGACACAGACAGGAAGUGGCUCACAGACCAAUAUGGAAACAGCCCAGUACAUCAAGAAGAAGAUCAGUGAGGAUCUGUCUGCAGAGAGAAGCAUCAACCUGUUCCACUGUCUGAAUGAACUGAAUGAUCGUUCUCUAGUGGAGGAGAUCCAACAGUCCCUGAGAUCAGGAAGUCUCUCCACAGAUGAACUGUCUCCUGCUCAGUGGUCAGCUCUGGUCUUCAUCUUACUGUCAUCACAAACAGAUCUGGAUGUAUUUGACCUGAAGAAAUACUCUGCUUCAGAGGAGGCUCUUCUGAGGCUGCUGCCAGUGGUCAAAGCCUCCAACAAAGCUCUGCUGAAUAACUGUAACCUCUCAGAGGAAAGCUGUGAAGCUCUGUCCUCAGUCCUCAGCUCCCAGUCCUCCAGUCUGAGAGAUCUAGACCUGAGUAGCAAUAACCUGCAGGAUUCUGGAGUGCAGCAGCUGGCUUUUGAACUGAGGAGUCCAAACUGUACACUGAAAACUUUCAGAUUAACUGACUGUAACCUGUCAGAGAGAAGCUGUGAAGCUCUGUCCUCAGUCCUCAGCUCCCAGUCCUCUAGUCUGAGAGACCUGGACCUGAGUAACAAUAACCUGCAGGAUUCAGGAGUGAAACAGCUGUCUGUUGGACUGAAGAGUCCAAUAUGUGAACUGAAAACUCUAAGAUUAACUGACUGUAACCUGUCAGAGAGAAGCUGUGAAGCUCUGUCCUCAGUCCUCAGCUCCCAGUCCUCUAGUCUGAGAGACCUGGACCUGAGUAACAAUAACCUGCAGGAUUCAGGAGUGAAACAGCUGUCUGUUGGACUGAAGAGUCCAAUAUGUGAACUGAAAACUCUAAGAUUAACUGACUGUAACCUGUCAGAGAGAAGCUGUGAAGCUCUGUCCUCAGUCCUCAGCUCCCAGUCCUCUAGUCUGAGAGACCUGGACCUGAGUAACAAUAACCUGCAGGAUUCAGGAGUGAAACAGCUGUCUGUUGGACUGAAGAGUCCAAUAUGUGAACUGAAAACUCUAAGGGUAACUGGCUGUAACCUGUCAGAGAGAAGCUGUGAAGCUCUGUCCUCAGUCCUCAGCUCCCAGUCCUCUAGUCUGAGAGACCUGGACCUGAGUAACAACAACCUGCAGGAUUCUGGAGUGAAACAGCUGUCUGUUGGACUGAAGAGUCCAAUAUGUGAACUGGAAACUCUCAGUCUGUCAGGCUGUCUGAUCUCAGUGGAAGGCUGUUCUUCUCUGGCCUCAGCUCUGAGCUCCAACCCCUCCCAUCUGAAAGAGCUGGACCUGAGCUACAAUCAUCCAGGAGACUCAGGAGAGAAGCAGCUGAUUGCUCUACGAGAGGAUCCACAUUACAGACUGGAGACUCUCAGGGUGGACCAUGGUGGAGAGCACAGGUUAACACCUGGUCUGAGGAAGUAUUUCUGUCAACUCACACUGGACACAAACACAGUAAACAGAAACCUCAAACUGUCUGAGAAAAACAGGAAGGUGACACGUGUUAGAGAGGAUCAGUCAUAUCCUGAUCAUCCAGAGAGAUUUGACGACUGGCAACAGCUGCUGUGUAGAGAUGGUCUGACUGGUCGCUGUUACUGGGAGGUCGAGUGGAGAGGAAGACAUGUUCAUGUAGCAGUGAGUUACAGAGGAAUCAGCAGGAAAGGAGACAGUGAUGACAGUGUGUUUGGAUUCAAUGAUCAGUCCUGGAGUCUGUGGUGCUCUGAUGAUGGUGGUUACUAUGUCUGGCACAAAAAGAGAGAAACACGCCUCUCCUCCUCCUCCUCCUCCUCCUCCUCCUCCUCCUCCUCCUCUGGUAGAAUAGGAGUGUAUGUGGACUGUCCUGCUGGCUCUCUGUCCUUCUACAGAGUCUCCUCUGACUCACUGAUCCACCUCCACACCUUCAACACCACAUUCACUGAACCUCUUUAUCCUGGGUUUGGGUUCGGGGUCCUGUCCUAUGACUCCUCAGUGUCUCUGUGUGGUCUGUAGGACGGAGACGACUUCCUGUCCUGUGGUCUGAAUGUUGGAUGAAGCUUCACUUUGUUUAACAUUUGAUUCUCUGAUUGUUUCUUUAAUGUCUCAAAUGUUUUCUUCUUAUAAACGGUGAAAUGAUCUCAGGGCUGAACUCUGAUUUUCUCUUGAAUCCAUUUUUUUUUGGAGCAGCGUCUUGUAGCUGCUAAUGUCUGUCGUGAUUGAUCUCAAUAAAGGUUUAAAGACUCACGAGAACAGCAGCUUCUAACAAAUGUAAAUCUGAUUCUGUUUUAAAGAGGAAUAAAGACAUUACCU